GUAUGUAUUUCAUUCAAACAUUGUCUGCGUUUUUUGGUGGGAAACUAUUCAAUACAAAUAGAUAUUGCUGUUGAUCGCAACAGAGUGCAAACUACAAUUUGAGAUGGCAGAAAAACUGGAGGACUUAAAUUUGCCACAGGCUUCCGUCCUGAAAAUUAUCAAGGGAAGCGUACCAGAUAACGUUAAUAUUGGCAAAGAUGUGAAAUCUGCCCUAUCCAAGGCUGCCUCAAUGUUUAUCCUGUACAUAACCACACACAGUUCGCAAAUUGCACAAGAAGCAAACAGGAAGACCUUAACUGCCCAGGACGUGCUGGACGCUCUGAAGGAGGCAGAGUUUGAUAACUUUAUUGAACCAUUGAGCAAUUCAUUGAAAAGACUGAAAGAGACAAAGAUUAAAAAGGACAACAAACCCAAGAAAGAUGAUGAAGAGGAAAUGGAGGAGGACUGUGAUUGAAGCAACCAUCUGUUAUAUAGAUAUAUUUUAAGAUUCAGAUAAGCUGUUAAU